GGAUUGCUCCUCUGACUCGAUGAACAUUGCCAUCCGUAAAUCCUACCUGGACUCACUGGGCUUCAGCUGGUAUGACCUUUAUCUGGAUGACCAUCGCUGCAGAGCUUCAACUGACAACUACUAUGUCACCUUCAACUUCCCUCUCCAUAGCUGCAGCACCAGGAGAAAGACCGAGAAUGGACGUAUUAGCUACACCAGUAAUGUGCGAGCAGCUCAGUCAACGUCGGGUGAGAUCACCCGACAUGAUACAGAGUUCCUGUUGGUUGUGAGAUGUGUGAUGGAGCGUGAUUCUUCAGUUGGGACUCUUUAUGAAGCCAAAGAGAUUACAAAUGCAACUAUCAGUGGAACGGGUCGGUUCAACACCACCAUGGCCUUUUACCCAUCCAGCAACUUUUACUACCCCAUCACCGAUUCCCCGUACCGAGUGAACCUCAAUCAGCAACUGUACGUGCAGGUGCAGCUAACCUAAGCCGAACCAAGCCUCCACCUGUUCAUAGACUCCUGUGUGGCCUCGCCAAACCACGACUACAGCAGCCGCACCUAUGACCUUAUACGCAAUGGCUGUCGGAGAGACAACACGGUAAACAUAUACAGAAAUGGAAAUCGUUACUUCGCUCAGUUCAGCUUCAGCGCAUUCAAGUUCCUGCGCACACACAACAAGGUGUUCAUCAGGUGUGAUGUCGUUAUCUGCCCUGACAACGACUACAACUCACGAUGUUGCCAAGGAUGCAGUUAUCGCAGGAAACGAAGCACUGGCUCUGAUCACCACACUGAGGUU